AAUCAGGAACCCUGAAGAAAGGGGGCCAGCAUGCAAUAGGACCCCCAGGCCUUUCUGCCAGCAGGGCUGCAUCACAGGUGGACAGGCAGCUGGCCUGCCUGCACCCCAGGACCCCACUCCUGCCCCUAGCUCAACUGCAAAAACCCAAAGAGACAACGUGGGGCCCUUAAUAAAUAUUUGUGCAAUGCGUGAAUGAGUCAAGUCAAGGGAGGUGGCGUAUUUUGAAAGUCUAUCCUUGGCCUCCCCACCAACCACAGCUCAGGAGUCCCUGCCAGAUAAAACUCUCCCCUCCUGGUGACUGUCACCAGUAACUGUCACCGGUAUAGGUGCAGGAGCGGCCUGGUUGUGGUGGCCUCAUCGGGCCACAGGAGCCGCAGGGAGCCAUGCCCAGGUACACAGUGCACGUGCGCGGAGAAUGGCUGGCCGUGCCCUGCCGGGAUGCGCAACUCACGGUGGGCUGGCUAGGCCGCGAGGCCGUGCGGAGGUACGUCAAGAACAAGCCAGACAACGGUGGCUUUGCCUCGGUGGACGACGUGCAGUUUCUCGUGCGCCGCUGCAAGGGCCUGGGCCUGCUGGACAAUGAGGACCCACUUGAGGUGGCCCUGGAGGACAAUGAGUUCGUGGAAGUGGUUAUAGAAGGGGAUGCCAUGUCGCCUGACUUCAUUCCAUCGCAGCCAGAAGGAGUUUACCUAUACAGCAAAUACCGGGAGCCUGAAAAGUACAUCGACUUAGACGGGGACAGCUUGACCACAGAGGAUCUGGUCAAUUUGGGCAAGGGAUACUACAAAAUAAAGCUCACCCCAGUUGCUGAAAAGAAGGUGCAAAAAUCCAGGGAAGUCAUAGACCGCAUCAUAAAAGAAAAAACUGUUGUUUACGGCAUUACCACUGGUUUUGGGAAAUUUGCCAGAACUGUAAUUCCUAUCAAUAAGCUAGAGGAGCUCCAGGUCAACCUAGUACGUUCACAUUCUUCAGGUGUUGGGAAACCACUAAUCCCUGAGAGAUGUCGGAUGCUCUUGGCUUUAAGGAUCAAUGUCUUAGCUAAAGGAUAUAGUGGCAUUUCCCUGGAGACCCUCAAACAAGUUAUCGAAGCAUUUAAUGCCUCCUGCCUGUCCUAUGUUCCAGAGAAAGGAACCGUUGGUGCCAGUGGAGACCUGGCUCCACUCUCUCACCUUGCCCUUGGGCUAAUUGGAGAAGGGAAGAUGUGGUCUCCAAAAAGUGGCUGGGCUGACGCUAAAUACGUCCUGGAAGCCCAUGGGCUGAAACCAAUUAUUUUGAAACCAAAAGAGGGUCUGGCGCUCAUCAAUGGGACGCAGAUGAUCACUUCCCUGGGCUGCGAAGCUGUGGAGAGAGCCAGUGCCAUUGCUCGGCAGGCUGACAUCGUGGCCGCUUUGACCCUGGAGGUGCUGAAAGGCACCACCAAAGCCUUCGAUACCGACAUUCAUAGUCUUCGCCCUCAUCCUGGGCAAAUUGAAGUUUCUUUUCGAUUUCGGUCACUCUUGGACUCGGAUCACCAUCCAUCAGAAAUAGCAGAAAGUCACAGGUUCUGUGAUCGUGUUCAGGAUGCAUACACCUUGCGCUGCUGUCCACAGGUUCAUGGUGUGGCGAAUGACACAAUAGCAUUUGUGAAGAAAAUCAUUACCACAGAACUAAACAGUGCAACCGAUAACCCUAUGGUUUUUGCCAACAGGGGAGAGACUAUUUCUGGAGGAAACUUCCAUGGUGAAUACCCAGCCAAAGCCCUGGACUAUUUGGCCAUUGGUGUCCAUGAACUUGCCGCGAUUAGCGAAAGAAGAAUCGAAAGGCUCUGUAACCCCUCCCUCAGCGAGCUGCCUGCCUUCCUGGUGGCUGAAGGUGGUCUGAACUCUGGAUUCAUGAUAGCCCACUGCACAGCUGCAGCCCUCGUUUCUGAGAGCAAGGCUCUGUGCCACCCCUCCUCCGUGGAUUCUCUCUCCACCAGCGCGGCCACGGAAGACCACGUCUCCAUGGGAGGAUGGUCAGCAAGGAAAGCCCUCAGGGUCGUUGAGCACGUGGAGCAAGUGCUGGCCAUCGAGCUCCUUGCAGCCUGCCAGGGCAUAGAGUUUCUACGCCCCCUGAGAACAACCACGCCCCUGGAGAAGGUCUAUGACCUGGUGCGCUCUGUUGUAAGGCCCUGGAUAAAAGAUCGCUUCAUGGCCCCAGACAUCGAGGCAGCACACAGGCUGCUUGUGGAGCAAAAGGUUUGGGAAGUAGCUUCACCCUACAUUGAAAAAUACAGAAUGGAGCAUAUUCCAGAAUCAAGACCUGUUUCUCCAACGGCCUUCUCACUGGAAUUUCUAAACAAGAAAUCCAGCAAAAUCCCAGAGUCUGGGGAUCUUUGAUGGGCUCUGUCUUGGAACUGCACUUCAACAGCAAGCAGUGUUGUGCUGAAGGAGAGACCCAAGAACUUUUUUAGGUAGAGUGAUUCAUUAUGUAAUUCAGUCCUUCUAAAACCUACUUUCAUCAGGCUGGUGGCAGCAUCACAGACAGUUGCUAAAUCUAGCAUCGUGUUCUUGUGGACCUAGUUCAAGAUGCAGUAGGUGUUUUUAGGUUAUAGGAGUUUUCUUUCUUUGAUGAUCUCAACAGGCCAUUCACUCUUAAGGGAGAGAAGAGCAGCCACGGUGCAUGGGUCUUUUAACAUUAGGUGAACUCAGAUCUUGAAACAGAUUGAUGACAUUCUUUCCUAAAAACAUUAGACUUUUGUGAAUCUUUUUUUUGCUUUGACAAGCUUUCCACUGAUUAACUUUGCCUGAUUGUACUAUGCCAUGAUAUGACUAAUGUUUCUUAAUAUGUCUUCAUAAACCACCCUUUUUAAAUCAUAAUUUGUCCUUCAGCUGCUCUUUCUUGUAUUAAUUGAGUCAUAGUAAAGAACGGUCAAUAGGUCAACAAGAGGUUUUGUGUAAAGGAAUUAAGGAAUAAAUAUAAAGAUUGCUAUCGAA